GUCAAAAUGGCUGCCCCAUGCCCUACUUUCACGUGAUGCUCUGUAGCGCCCGCAGCAGGAGAUGUCCAGCUGCUCCGCAACAAAACCUCACACAAAACCAAACACCCCAAAAUCGAAGAUGCAGUGAACACUUUUCAAUCCCAAAAUGCCGCUGCCCGCUUUUCUUCUCCUCUCUCUCCUCCUCUCAUCCGCCGUCGUUGGGACUGGUCGCGCGAAACAUGCUCCCCCGCCGCCAGUGGCUUUGACGGCCAGCUAUUUCGUCCCAAGCGACGCCGUUUCGCUGCUCUCCUUCAAGCACAAAGCUGACCUAGACAACAAGCUGCUCUACACGCUGAACGAGCAUUUCGACUACUGCCAGUGGCAAGGUGUGAAGUGCGCUCAGGGCCGUGUGGUACGCUUCGUCCUCCAGAGCUUCGGCCUACGUGGGAUCUUUCCCACGGACACUGUGGCUCGGCUCGACCAGCUCCGUAUCCUCAGUUUAAAGAACAACUCGCUGUACGGUCCGAUUCCGGACCUCUCCUCUCUCUUCAAUCUUAAGUCACUCUUUUUAAGUCACAACAACUUCUCUGGCUUCUUCCCUUUUCCCAUUCUCGCCCUCCAUCGAUUAACCACUCUUGAUCUCUCCUACAAUAACCUCACCGGUUCGAUUCCGCUCGAGAUUACGGGUUUGUCCCGGCUCAAUUCGCUCAAUCUCGAGUUCAACCGCUUUAACGGGACGGUUCCGCCGCUGAAUCAGUCGUUUCUUGUUGCCUUCAAUGUGUCCGGUAACAACCUCACCGGGCCAAUACCGGUGACGCCUACGCUCUUGCGGUUCGAUAUGACGGCGUUCUCAUUGAACCCUGGCCUCUGCGGAGAGAUCAUCAACCGAGCAUGCAAUUCCCGCUCGCCUUUCUUUGAAUCGCCAAAUACCGCCUCAUCGUCGCAGGGACCGCCACUCGGGCAGAGCGAACAAUCGAGGAGCAGCGGAUUAGUCGUUUUGCCUCCGCCGUCGCCGAAGAAGCAUAAAAGAAACGGUCUCGUUCUUGGUUUCGCCGUUGGAUUAGCUGUGGUAAUCGUAAUCCUUAUCUGCAUCUUCGCAUUCGUCGUGAAGAAACAACGUAAAGCUAACAUGAAAGAAGCAAACCCGAAGGAGGUAAGCACAGUGCAAGAUCCUGAUCAUGGAGGCUUGUAUCCCGAAACCUCGAUGAACGAAACGGGAGUCAUAGGACAGAGCAAGGAAACACAACAGGAGAAAGCGAUCAAGAUUCAAGUUCAUGAACCGGCAAAAGGAGUGCCUAGAAGCGGGAACCUGGUGUUCUGCGCUGGAGAAGCGGAGGGGUACACAAUGGAGCAACUAAUGAGGGCGUCGGCGGAGUUGCUGGGAAGAGGUACUGUGGGUACGACGUACAAGGCGGUGCUAGAUAACCAGCUGAUCGUGACAGUGAAGAGGCUGGAUGCCAACAAGACGGCCAUUACGAGCAGCGAAGCGUUUGAGCAACACAUGGAAGCAGUCGGCGAGCUAAGACACCCGAAUCUGGUGCCACUUCGUGCCUACUUCCAGGCUAAAGGAGAAAGGCUUAUCAUCUACGAUUUUCAACCCAACGGCAGUCUCUUCAAUCUAAUUCACGGUAUUCUAUUCAUUCAUCUGCUUGAGUUUGAUUUUAGUUUAAGCUCUGAUAAUUUUGCUUCCCCGCCGUUCAAGUCUCCUGUUUUCUUCUCUCGGUUUUUAAUUUAAUCACUCAGUGAGUCGACCCCGAGUUACCCUUUCUACCAGAGUAUUUUAUUUUUAUUUAUUUUGAAAAAGUAAAUUGGCUUCGUUGUUGCUGAUUGGCAACCGGAAGGCACGCGCGUGAAAUGAGAAUCCGACGUGGCCAUUUGUGUUGACCAAGAGAGACGGUUGACUGUUGUAUUCUCACAUAGCCAAGUGGGACCCAGAACGGAUAAUAUGCGACAGUGACGUGGAGAUAUAUGAUUGGCUGCAAACGCGAUAAGUUAUGGCGCCGAGAGUUAUGCUGAAAAGAGCGCCGCAGCUUUUGAGGAGCAGGGCUUCUUUUCGCAUUACCGACAUUUUUCUUACACCACACAAGAAAAGAUAAUGAUAAUAACAUUAAUAAUAAAA